AUGUUUUGUACACAAUCGACCUCGCUUAUUGCCUGCGUCGAUCAUCAUUCGGUCGGAAGCGACGGCGACCCAGGACGCUCCACUCUGCGUCUCUAUGCGAGCGCGGGACGAGUUGCGCAACUCUCGUCGUCUGCUGUGCAUCGUCCAAUCGUUUCAACUCGUCCGCUUUCGCUACACCCUUGCUAUCUCGGCCCAAUUCCUACUUGGAUAUUCGAACUUCUCCGGAAACGAUGA